AUGCUAAAAGAGCAAGACCCAAUGAUUGAGCUUGUGCGAAAGUGGAUUAUGUCACACGUGGGCGAUUCGGCUGAAUUGCGCAAGUCUGUGCUUGAGGUGUUCCGCUUUAUGAGUGAACUCAUCUCCGAGCACGUACACAGUCCGGAUUGUAGUCGUCUCCGCGAGUUUCUACCAAAGUCCACAAAGCUCUUUUUACCGUUGGACUUGACACGUGCUGCACUUGAUUACGAUACUAAAACGCACUUUCUUGCGCGCAAGCGAGUCCCGCCCACGUUUAGAGAGGUUCGUCAUAUCCUCAACCUGGCAACUACAAAUGCUAUCGCUGAGAAGCUAAAACUCGUGACAUUUGACGCUGACGACACCAUAUACGAAGACGGCGGAAGCAUCAGUAAAAGCUCGGAGAUGGUACAAAUUGUCGUAGAGCUGCUACGGCGAGGAAUUGUCGUGUCUCUCGUGACGGCAGCCGGGUACCCGGGUAACCCAGCGCGCUAUGAACAGCGUCUUGGCGGCAUUUUGGACGCUCUGGCGGAGCUGAAGAGCGAGGAGCGAGCGAGAUUUCUUGUCAUGGGAGGAGAGUGUAAUUAUCUGUUUGAGACGUACACGCACAAGACUUCAAGGGUUGUGGGACUGAGGGAGAUUGACGGUGCAGUGUGGAAAGACGGUCGUGGUGAACGAUGGUCUGAAGAUGAAGUGACGGCGCUGCUGGAUACAGCUGAGACGGUGUUGAAGGAUAUGGUCAAGGCGUUGCACUUGUCGACGAGGAUUUUGAGAAAAGAGCGAGCGAUUGGCAUCAUUAAUACGUCCGACAAGCGGAUUCGGUACGAGAACUUAGAGGAGAUUAGUCUCACGCUGCAAGACGAGCUGCGUCACUUUCGAGUACCGUUCUGCGCCUUCAACGGUGGCAACGACGUGUGGGUGGAUAUUGGACACAAGGCAUUGGGGAUUCAGGCACUGCAAAAGUACGUGUUUCGUUUUUUGCCGAAUGAAUUGCGCAAUAGUGAUGAGUUGCGCUACAUUCAGGGUCAAGAGUGUCUCCAUGUGGGUGACCGCUUCACGAUAACAGGCAAUGACACCCGCUCUCGGGAUGCUGCUACGACAAUUUGGAUCUCGAAUCCUCAGGAGACAGUGCACAUCAUGACAAUUUUGUUGCGGACGAUUGACCUUGCGCGUAAACAGAAAGAGGCAAGAGAGGAGAAAGAGAAAAAGAAGAAGGGCAGAGCCAAAGCGUUAGCAACCACCACAGUUGCAACGGCGCUCAGAGACGGUAACAGUGACAUUAGAUUGGAUGGUUUGGGUACAAAUGGUGUAAGCGAUGGCGAAAGCAGUGGAAGCAACGACGAGCGGGAGAUUACAGUCAAGGCAGCGAUUCAAGCUGCUACAACUGCAUCGCUUGCCAAGUAA